GACUCCGUUCACGGCAAAUUCAAGCACGACGUCAAAAUCGGCGAGAAGGACGAGUUGAUCGUGAACGGCAACAAGAUCAAGCAGCUCGGCAGUACGAAAAUUACGGACAUGGGCGUCAAGUUCGUGAUUGAGUCCACAGGUCUCUUCGUGGAGUACGAGUCGCUGGGGAAGGCUGUGGGGCACAUCGAGGCGGGUGCGGAGAAAGUGAUCAUUUCGGCCCCAGGCAAGGGCAACCUGAAGACGCUGGUGUGCGGCGUGAACCACACUGAGUACGACAAGGCCAACCACCACGUGGUCAGCAACGCCUCCUGCACCACGAACUGCCUUGCCCCGAUCUGUCACGUUCUCCUCAAGGAGGGCGUCGGCAUCGAGAAGGGCCUGAUGACCACCAUCCAUGCCUACACCGCCACGCAGAAGACAGUGGACGGCGUGUCCGCAAAGGACUGGCGAGGAGGCCGUGCGGCCGCCUGCAACAUCAUCCCAUCAGCGACUGGAGCCGCCAAGGCGGUGGGUGAGGUGUUGCCCAGCACCAAGGGAAAGCUGACCGGAAUGGCGUUCCGCGUCCCCACUCCGGACGUGUCCGUUGUCGACCUCACCUUCGUUGCAGAGAAGGACACCUCCAUCGAGGAGACCCCUUCGAACCUUGAGACAGCCUUGUGGGCCCAGUCCGAUAAGGAGAUUGAUGACCUGCUGAAGAAGGCGUCCGAGAGCUACAUGAAGGGCGUUCUCUCCUUCACUGAUGAGGAGUUGGUGUCCAUGGACUUCAUCCACAACGUGAACUCUUCCAUCUACGACUCCAAGGCCACCCUGCAGAACAACCUGAAGGGCGAGAAGCGCUUCUUCAAGAUCGUUUCUUGGUACGACAACGAGUGGGGCUACUCCAACCGUGUUGUUGACCUCUUGAUGCACAUGAUCAGCGCGUAG